CCGACGCCUCCCCAAACCACCUCUGCAGGCGAGCUGUGGGCGCUGCUGAUUGCCGGCUCCGCCGGCUGGGGCAACUACCGCCACCAAGCCGACGUGGCCCACGCAUACCAGGUGCUGCGGCGUGGCGGCGUCAAGGAGGACCGCAUUGUGACGAUGAUGUACGACGACAUUGCCGACAACCCGGCCAACCCGCACCCCGGCCAGCUCUUCAACCGCCCGCACGGCCCAGACGUGUAUGCCGGCGUGCCGAUUGACUACUCCCGCGACGCCGUCAGCGCCGCCAACUUUUUGGCGGUGCUGGCGGGCGACGCCAAGGGCGUGGGCCCGCGCUCGCGCCACGCCAGCGGCCGCGUCAUCGCCAGCGGCCCCACCGACAAGGUCUUUGUCUACUACUCGGACCACGGCGCCCCGGGGGUGGUGGGCAUGCCCUCCGGCCCCUUCCUCUAUGCCGACCAGCUGCACGCCGUGGUGGCCAACAAGUCCCGGGCGGGCGGCUUUGCCGAGAUGGUCAUCUACAUGGAGGCGUGCGAGAGCGGCAGCAUGUUUGAGGGCAUGCUGGAGGACUCGCUGUCCGUGUAUGCCACCACAGCAUCCAACGGACACGAGUCGUCGUGGGGCACCUACUGCCCGGGCAUGGCCCCCUCCCCGCCCCCCGAGUUUGGCACCUGCCUGGGCGACCUCUACUCGGUGGCGUGGAUGGAGAAUGCAGACGCCUCGGACCUGACGAUAGAGACCCUGAAGAAGCAGUUCCAGCUGGUGAAGGCGCGCGUGUCCCGCAACUUCACAUACACCCAGGGCUCUCACGUCAUGCGCUUCGGCAGCUUCAUCAUCGGCGAGGAGCCCGCGGCGGAGUUUGAGGGCGGCGGCAACAUAGACUAUGGCGCGCAGGCCGCCGACAACGGCCUGCCCUGGGCUCCGCUGGGCGCGGUGCCGCAGCGCGAGGCCGACCUGGUACCGCUGUACCAUCGGUACCAGACGGCGGAGGAGGGGCCCGCCAAGGCUGAGGCCCGGCGCCAUCUAGAGGCCGAGGCGAGUGGGCGGCACGCCGGCCGCGCCCUUGCCGCCUGGUGGCCCAGGCAGCACCCCCUCCACCCGGCGGAGCUUGGUGCGGCUCUUCUCGCAUUGUCGCUCACGGCUGCGUCAUUUCUGCCGCGCCCCGCAGGCGCCGCGCUGGUGGACGACUGGGACUGCCUGCGGGGCAUGGUGGGCGCUUGGGAGGGCGCCUGCGGGCGGCUGGACCAGUACGGCAUGCGCCACACCCGCGCCUUUGCCAACCUGUGCAACGCCGGGCUGCAGCCCGCGGCGCUGGGUGCCUCGGCGCGCGAUGCCUGCGGCAGCAGCGCGCCGCACGCCGGCAAGCUGGUGUCUGGCGGGCCGGAUGCCCAGCUGGUGGCGUCCGCAUGA